AUGUCAUCAACAGCCAGUCAAUAUUACAAGGUCGGAGUGCUGCUCUUUCAGGGAGCAGACAUCCUCGAUUUUGCAGGCCCGAUGGAGGUCUUGUCUCAUGUCUCUCACAACCGUGACCCGAACCAGCCAGACCGGAUGUUCACACUUGAAACCAUUGCCGAGCGCCCGACCAUCCGCUCAGCCAGUGGAAGUUGCCUGACUGUGCAGGCCGAUAUUUCGCUCGAACAAGCUCUCAAGCAAAUCAACGAAUACGACAUCCUUGUCGUGCCGGGAGGGACUCCCUCUGUAAUCGAACCACUUGUCAAUAGAAAUGCGUCGGAGAUAGAGUUCAUCCGCAGAUUUGCAGCCCUUUCCCUGUCGCCAUCUCAGAAACCGCGCAUCCUCUUUUCAGUCUGUACCGGGUCCCUUUUGGUGGGUGCUGCAGGUAUCUUAAGCGGAAUGACUGUUACUACUCAUCAUCGCGCUGUUGAUGAACUGCGGGAGAUCUGUGACCGCUUCAAUAAACGUGAAUCGUCCAACGUAAUUCAUAAGCGCUAUGUCGAUGGAGGUCUUCUCAAGGGAAAAGCUGUGCAGCUUAUUUCAGCCGGGGGAAUCAGUUCGGGCUUGGAUGCUUCAUUACACCUUGUGCGUCAGCUCACCAGCUCGGAUAUGGCCGCCUUCGUAUCUCGAGUAAUGGAGUAUGACUGGUCCGAGCAGAGCAAAUGA